AGCGGAAACAAGGCUCGCAGGGAAGCGAAGGAGUGCCGCUGAACGAAAGUAAGGCUCAAAACCACCCAAAACUCUUCCACGGGUGAUCACGCAGGCUUCGGGUUCUGGCGCUCUUUCCAAGCCCAGAAAGCUCAGAACAUAUUACCGGAUAUGCGGGGCAUUGCGAUGGCUCUCGUGAUGGGCUAGUUGGUACUCGAUUUCGCAUUCCUUGAUCAUAGAACGAUUCGCGUAAAUUGCAUACAUGGAGCCCUUAGUUUUCGACCAGGACAAGCAUAGUCGACUGUGGUUAUUCUCCCUAAGGCAGACUUUGCACUCAGCACAUUGGUGCCUUAUAUGCUGAUUCAGGUUUUGAGUACCGGAAGGCCUUGUGGGUAGUCUGCUUCAAGGAGACUAGCUGUGGUUUGUGACAGGGGGAAUUUGUUGCACGGGACUUACCGCACAUCACACUCCUUGACCAACUACUUUAUUCUCACCCCUCUAAAACUCUCCUUCCUAGGCCGCCGAGCAUCUGGUCCGAAUGUCGAACCUUUAUCUUCUGAGUUGUCUAUCGCAAGAAGUCGUCAAGGUCGUAUUUUGGGAUCAGAUAUCCACACGACCAUCCGAAUGGCGAUGUUGAUGGUUAUCAGCAUGCUUCUACCAGGAUCUCCACGUCGUACCUCUGGGAUCUCCACCGCGUAUCACCACUUAGCUUUGCCAUCGCAGCUAGGGCACCGAUAGGCAUUGCGCCAACGACGGGUCGUUGUGCCAGAGCUUUGUCCGUCGGACCGCUUAUUCGCGUCAUCGCUCCAGUCUUCUUCGCCUCAAUUACACCAUGAGCGUCUUUGCAAGACGUUUGGGCACUCGCCCGCGUCAGGGUCCAAAAUCAGCCGCGCAGAGCGCGGUUUCAUCCUCUUCAGUUCUGCACUCUUCGAUCGCGAUCUCUUCUAGUAUAUCGAAUGCGCCCGUCGUUGCUGCUCCGCUGCACACCGCAGAUACGCAAUCUGGCUCGUCACAAACCGAGAUACCUGCGCCUCGACCAUCUGCCUUCCCGGUACCAAUCCCCGUUCUAAGCUCUCCUCCAUUCAGCACCACCGAGGUAUUCUCUGCCGUAGUGAUCAUCUUCGGAAAUACAUCCAGCGUGGCUUCAGCGAGCUCGAGCGCGGUGUCUUCCAGCCCAUCUGUCUCUCAUUCAUCUGAGGUUGUUACAAGUGGCCGACCGGCGGGGACAUCUUCGGGGGCAGUGAGCACGCCGACGCAGAUUCAACGUCCCCAAUCUUCACACGACCAAUUGUCGAGCUCUUCUUCAGUCUUGCCCCUUCCUGUCGGCCUGUCAAGUUCUUUGUCGAUUGCCAGUACGGUUGCGCCUUCCAGAACGACAGAUGGUACCUCGGGGACAGUUAGUCCAAGCUCGGCAAGCAUCCAUCCCUCGAUAACAUCCGGAGCACCAGUUGCCCGACCGACGGUCGCUCCUGUUUCGUCUGGUGCGACUUCGAAUGAUCCGUCAAUAAACCGGAGGGGUGUUAUUGGCGCUGCGAUCGGCGCUCUCCUCGGCUUUGUUCUUGUGUUUUUUCUCGCGUGGGUCUUUUUGAAACGAUAUAGAUUUCGGUCUAAGCCCGGAAUUGAAGCCCGACGAGAAGAGGCGUGUAGUGCCAACUGCUAUCCAGAAUCCUCCGUCCUCGAACGAGGAUGGACACUCCGCGCGUCGAUCGUCGCAACGGCGCUCGUCAGUCUCUUGCUCGGGAUGUCUCUCUCGGCAGCGGCGGUGCACAACUCCGGCAAUCUGACUUCGUUGACUAUGAGACUUGUUGGGCUCAAGUGGGGUCCCGCACAUCUGACGGAUGUCGCCGAGCAUAAAGUCGGCCGGCUUCCUGCAUCGUGCAGUCAUGGGAUACAACAGUGCGUCUACAAGUUUUCCCCGACCUUCCUCCUUGACAAAAGACUGUCCUUCCAGCUGGAACGCGUAUCACUGCGACAUCAACGAGACGCUCAUACUCGAAACGGCCGCGCUCGUGAAGCAGCAUGGGCUGCACAUCGCCGGCUACAACUACAUCAAUAUCGACGACUGCUAUUCGCUGAAGCAGCGCACGGAGGCAGGGACAUCGUUGAGGACCCGGCCAAGUUCCCGUCGGGCAUGCGGUCGUUGGUGGACAAGAUUCACGGGCUGGGACUGAAAGCGGGGAUCUACAGCGACGCUGGGUGGUUCACGUGCGCGCUCUAUCCUGGAUCGUACCAAAACGAAGAGCGGGAUGUGAAGCUCUUCAACGAGGAGUGGGGCUUUGAUCUGUUGAAGUACGACAAUUGUGCUGUCCCCUUUGACGACAUCACACAUGAAAAUAUCAUCGGACGCUACACACACAUGGCCGAUGCUAUCGCAUCCCAAUCGAAAACCAGCGGAAAGGCGCCCAUGAUUCUGUCUUUGUGCGAAUGGGGCAGGCAACAACCGUCUCUGUGGGCCAGAGAUCUGGGCCAAAGUUGGCGUACGACAAACGAUAUCACUCCGAAUUGGGACUCGGUCAAGUAUAUCAUCGACCUAAACUCUUUCCAAUCGUGGGCCACAGAUUUCUACGGGCAUGGCGAUCUGGACAUGCUCGAAGUCGGAAACGGGGACCUGACUUAUGAAGAAGCGAAGACCCAUUUUACUGUCUGGGCACUACUGAAAUCUCCCCUUCUCAUUCCGUUGGCUGUCAAGUUUACUUUUGGGCAGCUCGCUUCGAUGACAGAGGAGACACUCUCCAUCCUAACCAACUACGAGAUCAUUGCCAUCAACCAGGAUGCCGUAGUCGGGAAAGCCCUGACACCAUUUAGAUGGGGUGUCAAUCCCGACUUCACGCCCAGCCGACAGUAUCCUGCGCAAUACUGGAGCGGUCAGAGUGAGAAUGGGACUGUGGUGAUGCUUAUCAAUGUUCUCGACGAAGCAGCGGACAUGACGUUCAAUUUGACGGAAUCGCCCUGGCUGCGCGCAGGGAGAACCUAUUCCGUCAGGGACCUCUGGACUCACACGUCCAACGGGACUGCAAUUCGCAACGUGACGGUCUCCGCGGUUCCCGCACACGGUGUCGUCGCUCUGUUGUUGCAGGACUCCGGGAACGAACCGGAAGGAUUGGAGCCGAGAUGCUCUGUCAGAGAAGGAUGCAUUGAUAAAAAUGGCACGUUUGUGUAGACAUGUUCUGCGCAUUCAACGACGGUUCAGAGAUAUGUUUUCCGGCUCUCAGUCCAGAUCCUCUUAACCAUUUUCCCACCUAUCUUCGAGACAUGCAUUGCUCUUUCGCAGCUUGCGCAACCUUGCGAUCAAGUUGGGGAGUGAAUUCGGACCUUCAAAAUCAGAACAAGUGGCGUACGAGAUGUCAGAUCGUGUGUGCAGGAACAGCUUCCUCAGUGAUACGGGACCUUGAUGUCACUAAAAAUGUGUGGCAUCCAGUGCCUCGUGCUAGCAAGCCAGGUAUGGGAAGGCGGACAUGGAGAAUUCAUUAAUGAGCUGUACCUCGCCGUACAUCGAGACUCGGGGGGUUGUGACUUUGGAGAGAACAAAGUCAAUUGCAUACGCCACCUAUGAGCUGCGGUGUCCAGCUUGGGCAGGGGACGCCGCCUGUGAGCUGAAACUCCCGCUCCAUCGAGAACAAAACAUGACAAUAAUUCCCGAGAUAGAAGGCUCAAGUGGUCGGUUGUCACCGCCGAAUAUCAGACAAUCGUCAUGAUUAUGUACAGCACCGGUGACUGGGAAAAUGAACCUGGAUCCGACUGGAUGUGAGGGUCACUGGACCCACGUCAGAUUGUCGCAUGUGGGCCGCAGUCCUCCGAUGUUUCAAACAGCAGAUUGGCGGCAGCGGGUUUCUCCUGCCUGGCGAUAUCGAGCGGUAAAUGGUUUGAUUAGACAAGGUUCACAUUCAGACCUGAAGGCGUCCAGGACAAACGUUCCUGCUUGCAUACUUACUAUCCGGAUCUUGACUCCCAUAAGAUGCGAUAGUAGAUAAUGGCACAUGCCAAUGCAAUCCAACGAUUGAGAUGAAUCGAUAAGACUUGCCAUUUAGCACCUUCAUCUUAUCUCUACUAGCCUGGAUCCGUUGCCAUUCUCUGCCCCCUAGUAAGUAGUGGCGCGUGACAUUCCAAUGUGCAACCGCAUCGAUGUUCCCCAACUUCGCCGAAUGCCCGGGAAUCCCAUCCCAUCUGAGUUCCAACACCAGACAAACAAGAGCUAUUGACCUCAAACGGUUUAGAUUGAGGCGCUCGCCCUAGCGGACGCCCACAAAUCCCAAAUUGGCAGCGGCCCAGGAACACGGCCCCCAGAAAUCUGGCAGAUUGGCGCCGCCUCGUGAUAUCGCGCACCGGAUGAGCAAAGUUCAGUUCGAACGCACUGAUCGGAUGGUGAGUCUCUGGAAAUGACGAGGCCCGGGCCCAGGCCCGCCGACUUAUGUGCGCCGGCAGGUCCGCUGCUCAUCAGAAAUGUUUCUGACCGUGGGCUGGCUAGUCUGGAGAACUUAUGUAACGUCCCGUUCCUCGUUCUAUUCGCUUGUUGGGAAAUGCGGAGCACAUGAUCCUGAUUCGUUCGCGGUGAUGGAUGUGGGAGAUGCGGAGAAUCUCCGGGCUAUUUGCCGUAGUGUUUUUGCUCGUUUGAGCGCGUCGCUGCUGCUGGUUGGGUGGGUGACAAACACCAGGCCCAAGGUCCGAGCACUAUCCCCCCAAAUUAAUCAACUCUCCGUCAAUCCAACGUCACUCUCGAAAGCUAAACCCUCGGACCUACGCCAGUACAUAAGUUCCACCUGACAUGAAUAUUGCUUUCCCACUCGAAGCCGGCGGGAAGCAAGGAGACAUUUCCAAUCAGAACGCGAGGACCUCGUCGCACGCUGCACCAAAUGUUAUCAGGGCCCGUGCCGCGGACGCUUUUCCCUGCGAACAUUCGGCAAUCCCGGGCCCCCGGACCGCGCAGCCCAAAAAGGAAGGUUGUAUGCCGAAUUAAGAAGCACGCACUGCGGACCCUGAGCCACCGUCCGACACUCCGGAUCGAUGCCGCACGCCGCGAGGCCAGUCGCGCGGCCACGUUGCAGCCUUGGACCGCCCCCGCCGCCUCGAGGCAGCAAUGGACAUGUAAAUUCUAUUGCAACGUGGUGAUACAGCCGAUGGGGUAGGUAGCGCAAGAUAUUCGAUAGCAAUAAGAGAUGGCGAGACAGUGAGAGUGAGGGGUCGGGAGAGAGGGAAACGGAGGAGAGGGGAGGUGACAACAAACAACAGCGAGGGGGGCAUCCACAAAGUCCCAGAGGUGUACAACAUUCCAUCCAUCCAUCAGGGUAUAUUUACCGGCGUAAGCGAGGGUCGUGUUGCACCGUAAAAAAGUGCAAAAUUACCACACGAUCCCCGCUGGAUACUCCGUUGAUACAGGCUCAGUGUCAAAGCCGGUUAGACUGAGCCCAAGAUUCGGUUCGAACGGCGGCGCGAGACUGUGGCCAUACGGGUCCAUAGACUCGGACGAGAAUCCGGAGAAACAAGACUGGUUCCAAGAUUCGAAAGCAGCUUCGAGGUCAAAUUGGCCUCCGCUGAGGCACAUCAUCUGCUCACCCUCCCUAUAUUGGAAAGUGGCCUGCAGCCCAUCGUACCCAGUCGCAUCCGCAAGCGACGAGUACGCCAUGGAAGGUGUGCCUGGAGCCGGUGAGGAAGAAGACGAGGACGCCGAGGUACAUGAUGAUGCGGGGGAUCGGGAGACAGCUGAAGCAUAAGAUAGAGUGGGUGAGACUGGAUCGGCGAGAGUCGACGAGUCAAAGUCGAAGUCGAACAACGCAGUAGACAUAUCGAACAAUCCACCGGCAGACUGAGGAGAGACGAUUGAGGACGAGCAGCUGGAAUCAUAAUCAAUGCAUGUCAGGGCGCUCUCAGACAUGACUCUUCGUCGCUUCGGCGUAGCCGUCUUGCGCUCCUUGGUCACAGGAGCCUCGGGUUUCGUUUUACACUUCAUACUCCUUUUCUCUGCCUCCUCGGUAGCCCAGCGCAGCACGACUCCUUUCCCGCUCUUCUCCGCUUCGGCUUUACGGUCUCGAUCGUAUUGCUCCAGUGCGCUGUCGAGUGCGGGGCCUGCAAGACCGGACAGGAUCAGAGCGGCAAUGUGCGCGCACCGUUCGUGGUCGGUGGGAGGGAUAUCUCUCUUGAUCCGUUUCUCCUUCGUGGACGAGCCCGAUGCGCCGUCUGAUGACGAGGAUGAGGCCGCGGACAUCGACGAGGUCCGCCUGCCUUUCUCUCGAGUUCGAUUGCGCGGCGUGUAGGUGUAUCCAGGGAAUCGCUCGCGAUGCCUCUCUCGCUCCUCCUUUGCUUUAUCGUACCACUGCGACUUCUGGUCAGCACCAAGCGCAGCCCAAGCGGCCCCUGCGAUCGCAGACAGGUCGGUCGGAAGAGCAGCGCUUGGCGCCGUCGAGAGGCUGGUGUCCGAGUGUGAGGACGAGGGCAUCGCGGCGGGGGACGCGCCGUCAGAGACAGAGAUGCCGCGAAUGAACGAUGCGCGGAAGAGGAUGAACGCGUUGGGCGGGCGAGGGAUACGUGGGGCAUCGGCGCUACGGGGAGAUUCGGGCGGUGAGUCCGCUCCGACCACAUCCUUGGUGGACACUGAGAUCCGGCGGCGCUUCCUUGUCGCCGCAGUAGGGGAGUAAGAGAUGAAGGCCGGCGAGGAGUCCUCAGUCGCAACGAACUCUGAUGGGGUGAGGUUUGAGGCGAAAGCGAAAGAUGCGAUGCAGUCCGUCUCCUGCGACGAUGGGUAGCUCGGUGCCCAAGUGAGGUCUGAAGAUGCCUCAGGCACUCGCAAGGAUGAAUGAAUAAAGCGAGCCGCACGUUGUCCGAUCGCGUUCAUCUCCAGCAACUAUACUAAGAGCUGUUCCCAGGGCCAGAUGUGAGGUGGGGUGUCGCGGGAGAGGGAGGGAAAGGUAACGGAGGUGCGAGAGGCGGGCGCGGGAGGAAGAGAUGUACAAGAGCGGAGGCGAGGGAGGGCGCGGGUCGAGUCGGAAAAGAUCGCAGAGAAAAGGAUAGCUUCCGGCUGUCAAGUGUGGAUACUUAUACCAGAGCGUCCUCUAGAGCCACCCAUGCCAUGCGCGAAUCAAAACUGCCUUCUUCCCGGUAGGGGUGAUUCUGUGAGAGAACUCAAACCAAAAGGCCCGAUCGAUCUCGCCGCAUCUCCGGCGCACGAGAUGUCAUCUGACAGCAUGUCGAUGACGAGCACUCACGUGCUUUGUCGGGAAUUUUCUCUGGAGCGCUUCGUACUGGAGCCCACAUGGUACCGGCGGGCCCCCAUCCAAGCAGACGAGCUCUCUAUUCCCACCCAACCGAUUCAGUCGUUUUCACAUAUCGCGGAUGGGCGGCAGGCCCGCAGACGCAUACGAUGCAGUGCUGCUGCACACCUGCCGCCUCGUGCUUCCCAGCCUCGUGCAUUCAAUUGGUUUUUCCUCUAGGUUCCGGAAGAGGACGGGAGUAUAUUCGGCAUUUGGCUCCGCGGGUCCAAAGGUGCGGGAUCCGCUUAUGUUUGCUACAUGUCUGAUGAAGGGCUGCGCCUGGCUGCGCGGAUCGCUAUAGCCGACUGGCUGAACAUCAGCAGAUGUGACGCAUCAACUCACGCCCCCCACCGGAAAACUUCUUACAUAUGCCUGGACGCAGUUCUUUUUAUCUCUAUCUCCACAUCCCAGCGAGCCCUCGUUGACUACACGUUCUAUUGCCACUGCGCAUCAGGCACCCGAGCACACAAAACCCAUUCUCACCGGCCAGCGGCCAAUGGAAUGGGUCUGGGAACGAGGGGAAUGACUCAUCCAUCCGCCUGGACCUCUCGGUUGCUGCCUUUUCCGACGUCCUCUGUCAUACCAUCUCCACUAGGACAUAUGGCCUUUCGACACUUGGAUGACUGCUUCCGCUUGACUACACCGACGAGACGCGACCUCCUUGAAGCCACCAAUACAUCUCUCUCCUUCCUUCUAUUGAAUUUUGCACGAUACAGGUCAAGGCCGCUGCAUUUGCGAACCCCGUGUUUUUUCGUCCUCGCUGCAGGCCUCGAGUCAGAUGUCAAUCUCGGCAAUGUUGAGCUCGCUGUUUGCGUUUCCCAGCUACGGAUAUAAAAAAAUUACCUUUCUUGGGGUUUGGGGGUGUGGACGAUGGUACAACCUACAGUAUCUGGGGGGCGUCACAUUUUUUUUACCGGUGAUUUCACUGCUCGCACUGUUAGCCUUUACUUUUGAUGCAGUGGACGGUCAUCCGCGGCGAUUUUUUCCGUGUUGAUCUUGCUGAUGUCGCUUUGGAACCCGAACUAUCGUCAUCUGCCAAGGUGAAUCGGCCUGAACUCACUGGAGACAGAAUCUGUGCGCAAUGUGUGCGUUCUGUAAUCUGCUCUCAAUCAUGUGUGACCUAUCAGGCAAACUGCGAGCCGCUCGGACCAUACAGACUAUUUUUUAUCUCGCUCCUCCGUGAGAUUUGAUUAGAGUGAUCAUCUAGGAAUUAUUUGAUAAGCUCAAGUUUGGCGGCGCUGCAUCUGGUCGCCAUGUUUCGCGGCGUCGAUGGCUCCCAUUCCAAGGCGAGCAUCUUAUGCCGUUUACAGAAUAAGUGUCGACGGCGUCCAUCAACCUCCGUAAUUCAGGAGAUAACGAGAACAGAAGGCGGCGUUGGUGGCCGUCGUACCGGGUCCUGUUGUUUCAAGAAGCGGUCUUCUCGUUCACAUAAAGAUGGAUGUGCAACCUUGUGCUUGGACAAGGAGAGUCCCUGCCGAUCAAUCAGGCAGGGGCCCUUGCAAUCAAUGAUACGGUCGUGACGUGCAACUGGGGGACCCACAGAAUCAGAGUAAAUUACGCUAAGGAUAUGUACUCCACCUAUCCAUCCGGCUUU